AUGGUCGAUCAAGCCCAAUCUGUUACCCGCCGCCGGGCCUUUCGUAGAAACGCGGUUAAAGCAAAUGAUAGUAAUAAAACUAACGAUGACUUGGAAUCAGGAUUGUUGUGUCCUUAUCAACUAAUAUUUUUAAUAGAAACCACAUUAAACAGUACCAAGUACAUAGACGUCUAUAAAGAUGCAGUGGAAGGUAUGCAUAGAACCGAAGACCAAGCGUGCAAUGUGGUCAUUAUAGACCAUAAUCGAAUCGUCGAAUCGUUAGAUAACAAUUGCGUCGAGCAGGACGAACAGUAUCGGUCACUACAUGACAGAGCUAAAAGGUAUUUUCACAAUAACAGUAGGGUGUCCAAUAAGCUGAUGGUACUGCUAGUGCGUCAAACGAUUAUUAUCAAUUUAGAAUCAAUGCGUCAAAAGUUUAAUUUCGACACCGAGCCGUAUACAUUUCAACCGGCCGUAGUGAACAUAAUCUUAAUCAAUUUCAUCGAUUUGGAACUUAUGAUCGAAUUCAUCACCUCUAAAAUUAAAGUUGAUGCAAUUGUUGAGUUGAGCUGUGGAGAAAUUGCUCAGACCCGGGACAAAUUCGUCUCCAGGCCAUUCAGGGCCAAACAGGCCAUGGCAGUUAAGGCAAUCCAAAAGUUUUGGCGGGAUUUUCACAUGUGGUUGGACACAGCUGACGGGGCGUCCGUGUUCAAAAACGUUGUGGUCUAUCAAUAUAAGUCGAAAUACAAUGCCGAAUACGAACCGCCAAACGUCGACAAGAUGCUAGUAGCGGCCAGGCUAUACGUUUUACAUGAAAUGCACAGAGUACUGUUGUUUGUAUACAACGUGAGAGCUGAAUACGAAAAGUACACUCAAAACAACAACCCCGUGUACGCCUUACCCGUAAACGACGACGAUUCUAUGGUGCAGCACUACUAUGAAUCGUACACCAAACACCUGAAGGGGUAUCCGGAAGACGCGAUUGAAUUGCCUACGAUUUUGGACGCGAUGGUGAAAGCCGCGAUUGCCGGUCCCGUACAACCACCGACGGAGCGAUGGGUCGACGCAUUUUUCGGUGCGCUGAAAGACGAUAGCGACGACGGCUGUAUGGUGUAUCCGGCCUGUGUGCAGUAUGGAAACAAAUUCGGUCUGGUAGCGAAGAAACACGACUUGCGUCACACGGACUAUUUCGAUUCUGCCGUGAACGUGUUGAACGUCAGAUGGAGAAAAUCGUUGUGGGGUUCGUGUCCGUUGCCGCCUUCAGACGUGGAGGCCGAGCACGACCGCGUUAUCUCUCAUAUCAAACGGAAAUGCGAGCACCAUACCAGCGGUGACGACGUGGACGUGCAACUGUGCGCACUGGCUCUGAACCGGUUGCGGAGUAACUUGGACAUUUACAGAGGUGAACCCAUUGGUUUGCCGGGAUUGAGUAUGACAAACGUCAAGUUUCAGCCAGAAUUAAUCGAGCCGGCUGGCUGUGCGACGAUGGUGCAGAUGUUGCAGAAAGAGUCUGAAAGCUAUAGGAGAAUGAGUCACGCGUACUUUGAACCUGAAGACGUAGUUGUGGUGGGAUUUUACGAUUGUCAAAAAGUCCUGCAGACGCGCAAAUCCUCGUUCAGAUUCAACGUGCCCCAACGACCUGUUUUCGCCAAAGACUAUUUUGAUCUUCAUUACGGUAAGAGAACGCCAAAAUGUUUCUACGCAAUGGACACUGCUACUGCAGCGUCAGACAUGUCUUUGACGUAUACGGAAGAAAUAGAAGAGAUACGUUUUAAAGAUGACGAUUUCUUGAGAAUCUCCGAACGAAAAUGGCGAUUUGAACCCAGUACUGUUAGUCUGGUGCAUAAAUCCGGAUAUUACGAAAUCGUCAAACACGUAAAAUCGGUGGACGACGAUCAUCAACGUGGAGGCGAAAAUGAAGACGAAGACGACGAUGAUGACGAUCACCCUAAAAAUGACGAAGAUUGGCUAAGGGUUUAUAACAAUGACGCAGGUCUUGAGUACUAUGUGGGUAAAACUAGAAAGAACGUAAUCAGGUGUAUCGGUCAAACUUCGUGGGCGGGCAUUGGAGGCGGGUGCACAGUAGAGUUGAUUUCGGGAAACGAUCCAGGCUACGGCAUGCUGCAGCAGAUAUACCGGCGACGGAACGAUGUCGAUGGUGCCAAGGUCAACGCUGCGGAAGUGGAAAUGUGCCGGUUUUACGGCAACGGGCGGGUGGUCGCCGAGUACGCGGACCGAACGAAAGUCACGUACUGGUCGAGUGGGAAAAUCCAGCGGCCGUCGCGGUCUACUCGAACACCACUCCAGGAAUCGUCGAAGAGCAGCACUGGUAGACCCAGGGCCUCCACCAUCAGCAGCGAUAGCACCGAAGGCGGUCCCACCAAAAUCGAACCCUCAAAAAGCGUCAGCAUCAAGGCAAAGAAGAGCCAGGCCCGAAGGACCACCAAAAGCGUAACCGGGAUGGGCAGGAGUCCGUCAAGAAUGAGACGGAAAAAGUCGACCAUCUCGCCUUCCGGCACGAGUGAAAACAACAAAAACAACGACCCCCUUCAAGAUCCGCGGAUGAGGCGUCAUGCUGACUACGUGGAACGGUUCUCGGAGGACGGUGCCACAAGGACGGUAGAGUUUGCCGACGGAACAUGCAUCGUGGGUGCGACGAACGUCCGUCGAUCGUCGACGGUCGUCCCGCCGUACGAGUACAUCCAUCCCGCGUACCAUACCGUGACCGAAGACCCGGACGGAACGUUUAAAGUCACCGGUGUCUGCACGAUGUCCCGUGGUUUAGCCGGCGGACCGGUCGGGCUACGGUUGACCGACCGGUCGAUGCGGAUCGACGCUACCACCGACGCAGUGUAUGUGUACCGGUCGGACGACGACGGCGACGACGACGAGCGGUUGACUGCCACUUUUGGAUGGAACGGUUCGGAGUUUCUGUUCGAAAAGCGCGUGAACGCCGUCCGAGUGGUGACGGUACCACGGAAGCGGCAGCUGGGUGAUGACCUGGUCCUAGGAAUGACUGGUGCGACGAUGGUCACGACCGAAGAAGCGGAGUCUGCAUCUGAGUGUUUCGUCGUCAGACGAGGUAUGUCGGGAUUCAGGACGCUGGAUAGCCUCCGAUAUGAGCAAUUCGCCGAUGGUGUGCGCGGACGCCAGCACACGGCCGUGCGCGAGAGUCAACGGGUUAGGACCGUUACUGUUUUCGCGGCACAUGACGUCGAUGUGGAAAAGCCAUGGGUGACCGGUCCACCCGCGGUGGCGAUUGGCGAACAGUACGCGUGGCUGAGACCAUUUUCGGGCAAAGUCGCCGCCUUAGACGACGAGCGAGUCCCAACCACAAUCCAGCUGACGUCUCGUUCAUUCCGCAAGGUAAACAUCGAUUACGGUCCGCUCAUCGAAGCUCUGAUGCUGCAGCAAUACACCGGUUCGGGCAGUCAGGCCACGGUGGACGUCCCGCCCGGGAAACUACGGGUCCGCGUAUAUGUUCCCGACGUGGACGCGUUGAGGAAGAUUUACUCACCCGGGGAUUCUCGGAAUCUCGAAUUGUCGUCAUCGCGGCGCGAUUCGGCCGCGGCGCACGACGAACGGUUAUCUGCGAAACUGGCUCAUCUCAAACAAGAGAGGUGUGACGCGCUUGAGGCACGGUCGCUGAUGAGACAAGGCCGGUUCGUUCCAUUCUUCCACGCCGAUGAUUUCGGACCUUUGAGAACGCAUCUAAAAGCCAACGGUUUGUGA